UCGGCUACACGCGGGUCAUACAUUGUUAGUAAGCCAGCUGGGUAGUUACUUGCUGAAACAUAUUUGUAGCUGCAGUAACUAACUCCAAACUAAACAGCAAUGGCAGAUUCACAAGACGACAAGCUCUACAAAGCCGAAUAUGCCAAAAGUGGACGGGCAUCUUGCAAAAAAUGCAAAGAAAAUAUUGCAAAAGAUUCCCUGCGUAUGGCAAUAAUGGUGCAGUCUCCCAUGUUCGACGGUAAAGUCCCGCAGUGGCACCACUUCUCCUGCUUCUGGCAACGGGCCUCUGUGCAGUCCACCGCCGACAUCUCCGGCUUCUCCGACCUGCGCUGGGGCGACCAGGAGAAGGUGAAGAAGGCCAUGGAGAGCGGGGGCUCCGCAGCAGCAGGAAAAGGUGGACAGAAGGGAGCAGCAAAAGGAGAGAAGACAUUGAAUGACUUUGCAGUGGAAUAUGCAAAAUCCAACCGGAGCACCUGCAAGGGGUGUGACCAGAAAAUAGAAAAGGACCAGAUUCGCGUGUCGAAGAAGGCGGUGGAUAAAGAGAAGCCGCAGCUGGGCCUGAUCGACCGCUGGUAUCACACGGCCUGCUUCGUGAGCCGGCGGGAGGAGUUGGCCUUCAAGCCCGAGUACAGCGCCGCUCAGCUCAAGGGCUUUAGCACCCUGCGGGCCGAGGACAAGGAAGAGCUGAAGCAGAGGCUUCCGGUGAUUAAGAGCGAAGGAAAGAGAAAGACGGAUGAAGUCGAUGGUGAGACAGCCAAGAAGCAGAAGAAGGAAGAGAAGGAGGAGAAGCAAUUGGAGAUGCAGAUGAAGGAGCAGAACCAGCUCAUCUGGAGUAUCAAGGACAAGUUGAAGAACUCCUGCUCUCCCAAUGACAUGAAAGAGCUGCUCAUCGCUAACGGGCAGGAGGUGCCCUCAGGCGAAUCAAAUAUCUUGGACAGUCUGGCGGAUUGCAUGGCCUUUGGAGCCCUCAAGCCCUGCGAGGAGUGCCAGGGCCAGCUGGUGUUCAAGAGUGACGCAUAUUACUGCAAUGGGAACAUCUCCGCCUGGACCAAGUGCGUGUUCAAGACACAGAAGCCUGACCGCAAGGACUGGGUCACCCCCAAGGAGUUCCACGAGCUCCCCUUCCUCAAGAAGUUCAAGUUCAAGCGCCAGGACAGGGUGUUCCCCAAAGAGCCAGCUGCACCCGCUCCAAAGACCACCGCUUCCCCCUCUGCCAGUGUCUCCAGCGCCCCUGCCAAAUCCACCCCUAAUGCCGUGCCGGCAGACAAGCCCCUGACUGGGAUGAAGCUCCUGGCUGUGGGGAAACUGGUAAAGAAUAAGGACGAGCUGAAGGCUGCUGUGGAGGAGCUGGGAGGGAAGAUCACUGGAACAGUCAGCAAAGCCUCCCUCUGCAUCAGUACUAAGAAGGAGGUGGAGAAGCUGAGCAAAAAGAUGGAGGAGGUGAAAGAAGUCGGGGUGCGCGUGGUGUCGGAGGACUUCCUGACCGAAGUAAAGACCCCUGGAAAGGCCCUGCAGGAGCUGGUCUCCCUCCAUGCCAUUUCUCCCUGGGGAGCGGAGGUCAAACUAGAAACGCCAGCCUCCACCACACCCGCAAAGUCCAGCGGAGCUGUGGCUGGGAAGAGCACGGGCAGAGUAAAGGAGGAGGAAGGUGGCAGCAAAGCCAAGAAGAUGAAACUGACGGUUAAAGGAGGAGCCGCUGUGGACCCAGAUUCUGGUCUAGAGAACUGCGCUCACGUCCUGGAUCAGAACGGAAAGAUAUUCAGUGCCACCCUGGGUCUGGUGGACAUCGUAAGAGGGACCAAUUCCUACUACAAACUGCAGCUUCUGGAGGACGAUGUUCAGAAGCGAUACUGGGUGUUUAGGUCCUGGGGCCGAGUGGGCACCACCAUUGGAGGAAACAAGCUGGACAAGUUCUACGACAAGAACUCAGCCAUGGACAACUUCCGCAACCUGUAUGAGGAGAAGACCGGGAACUCCUGGACCUCCACUAAUUUCACCAAGUACCCCAACAAGUUCUACCCUCUGGAGAUAGACUAUGGACAGGAUGAGGAGGCAGUGAAGAAGCUGACGGCUAAUGCAGGCACCAAGUCCCAGCUUGCGAAGCCCGUGCAGGAGCUGAUCAGGAUGAUCUUCGACGUGGAGAGCAUGAAGAAGGCCAUGGUGGAGUUUGAGAUUGACCUCCAGAAGAUGCCCCUGGGAAAGCUGAGCAAGAGGCAGAUCCAGAGCGCCUACUCCAUUCUGAGCGAGGUCCAGCAGGCCGUGUCAGACAGCGCCUCAGAGGCUCAGAUCCUGGACCUGUCCAACCGCUUCUACACGCUGAUCCCGCACGACUUCGGGAUGAAGAAGCCGCCUCUGCUGAGCAACCUGGACUACAUUCAGGCCAAAGUUCAGAUGUUGGAUAACCUUCUGGAUAUCGAGGUAGCCUAUAGCCUCCUGCGAGGUGGAGCAGAAGACAAUAAGAAGGACCCCAUUGACCUCAACUAUGAGAAGCUCAAGACCCUGAUUGAUGUUGUUGACAAAACAUCCAAGGAAGCCCAGAUCAUUCUGGAAUAUGUCAAGAACACGCAUGCUGCUACUCACAAUACCUACACACUUGAAGUAGAGGAGAUCUUUAAGGUGACGAGGGAAGGGGAGUACCAGCGCUACCGUCCCUUCCAGGACCUGCCCAAUCGCCAGUUGCUCUGGCACGGUUCUCGCACCACCAACUACGCUGGCAUUCUGUCUCAGGGCCUGCGCAUUGCACCCCCCGAGGCUCCUGUGACGGGUUACAUGUUUGGCAAAGGUGUGUACUUUGCUGACAUGGUAUCAAAGAGUGCCAACUACUGCCACACCUCCCAGUCCGACCCUGUGGGCCUCAUUCUGCUUGGAGAGGUCGCCCUCGGCAACAUGCAUGAACUGAAGAAGGCAUCACACAUUACAAAAUUACCUAAGGGUAAACACAGUGUGAAAGGUUUGGGUCGAACUGCUCCAGACCCUAGUGCCACAGUCAUGUUAGAUGGCGUGCAGGUGCCUCUUGGUAGAGGCACCAACACCAAUAUCGACGACACAAGUCUACUCUACAACGAGUAUAUUGUGUAUGAUGUGGCACAGGUGAACCUGAAAUACCUUCUGAAGAUCAAGUUCCACUACCAGACGUCCCUGUGGUGAGGCGGUUCUAGACUGACUGAAGGACCCGCUGACACCGUUGCCCUUCUGCGGCCUCAGAGCUCCCAUCCCACAAAGAAGACACCCGUGGCCAAGGAGCCACAGACGUACAAGAUGCAAACGUUAAUUUACUUUUGGUAGUGUGAAAUCUCAGCUAUACAGUGCAUAAUACCAUAGUUAAUGGCCUGGAACAGAACCUGUGCACGGGAAAGAUUUGUAUCUCUCUUUUUAAGUUUUUGCUUCAGAAAUCUAGUUAACCUUGAAAGGAGAACUAUAUAGAUUACAGUGUCUGGGUUCAGUGUUCUGGGUGGCUUAGUUUAGCUAGCUGUUGAGAGCCAGUGUCACUAGAAUCUCUGAAUGCUUACGAUGGGUAACGAUCCAUUGGGAAAUGAUGAAACCUGCUCUUUUUCCCUCUCAGAACCCAUUGUCCUUAGCAGUUUGCAAUGCUCUUAGACCUGCUCCUCUCAGACGGUUUUUCAUCCCAUAAUCUCAAUAUGCAAUGGCAUUCAGGGUUGAAGAGAAUAUUGCACAGUCAUAGAGGGGGGUAUUAAUGGGGGUAUUAAUACCUUUAGGUGGUACAGGUGUUUUGGCAAAGUUUAAUACAUGCAAUUGUAUUCUUGUUCCUGGCAUAUUUUAGAUUUUGAGAGAUGAGAAUGAAACAAAAAACAAUGCCGCCAAGAAUUAACAGUUUCUUUUGCUUUGAACCGCUUUCAGCAUUCAAUGAAGGGCCCUUGUUUAAGAACAGCUUCACGAUUUCUAAACUGAAAUAUACAGGUUACGCUGAUAUAUUGUUACUAGAAUUUCUAGUAUAAGUGUUAAGAACUGACACAUG